ACUACCCCCUCCCUGCCCGUCACAAUGCGUCCCUCCGUGCUCAUCGUCCCUGGCGCUUGGCAGCUGCCCGUCGCCUUCGACGCCCUCAAGUCGGAUAUGUCGGCUACCUUCCCCGAGGUGUCGGUUGUUUCCCUGCCCACCGUCGGCGGGACCUCUACGCCACUUCCUAGCCUCGGCGACGACGUUGCCGCUGUUCGCACCGAGCUGGACCGUCUGGUCUCCAAGGGAUCCGAGGUUGUCCUCUAUGGCCACUCCUACGGCGGUGUGGUCGCCAGCAGCGCCGUCGAGGGCUACGACGCCAAGUCCCGCAGCGCCGCGGGCAAGACCGGUGGCGUCAUCAGCGUCGUCUACGCCAGCGCCUUCAUGGUGCCCAAGGGCAUGAGCCUGCUUGACAUGCUCGGUGGAGUGCCGCUUCCGUGGAUGAUUGUCCAGGAGGACCGCGUCGUGGGUAACGCCACAAUGCUCCCCGAGAUCGGCUUCAACGACCUUUCGCCCGCCGAUGCUGCCUACUGGACCACCCAGAUGACCUACACGGCUCUUGGUGCUUUCGUCAACCAGUCGACGUACGAGCCCUGGUCCAACGGUAUUGACUGCAGGUACCUGUUUGCCACGGAGGACAACGCGCUGCCCUUGGCCACGCAGCAGGCCAUGGCCGCUCAGGCGCCCGGCAUGAAGAGCGCCACGGAGCCCAGCGGUCACUGUGCUCACCUUAGUAGGCCCAAGAACGUCACUGAGAUCAUGGCCGGAUGGUUCCAGUAG